GUAUCAGCGAGAAGGAGCAGAGUGGAGAGUUUCAGGACAAGAUGAAAACUCUUCUCCUGCUCUCUGCCAUCCUGGCAGUAACUGCUUGUCUCCCGGUGCCUAAGGACCAGGAACGAGAAAAACGAAGUGCCAGUGACAGUGACAGUGAUGAAUUCCCUUCACGGAUUCCCUUUCCCCCAUACGGGUAUCCAUUUGAUACAUACCCUCCAUUCUUAAAUCAAGGCUACCCAUGGUAUUAUUAUUAUUAUCUUCCUUUUCCCCUGCCCUUCACUCCCCCUCCAACUGCAGAGCCUUAACUGCAAAUGAAAGAAAAGUCACACUGUGGAUUAUUUAAGGUGAGUUUGAA